AUGAGUGAAAUGUGGCGGGGAAAAUAUAGAGCACUUAAGAAAGUAAGUAAUGAUUCCCCAUGUUGAUCUUUUAGGGCUUUGCUGUAACAUAUAACAUUUGAAUAUAAAUAUUUAGUGACCAACAUUUGUAGGAAAUGUUUCUUGAAUUGUUUCUGUAUAAUGUAAUAUGAUUGCAGGUUGAACCAAUGGAAUAUGGCAUCUUGGUGGGAGCUAUAUGUGACAACAAUCAUUGGACAUUGGCUGUGAGCAUUUUUUUGCUAGCAACAUUACAAGUAGAUUUGAUGGCUUCUGUCAUGGUGAGUGUUAAUCUUUCACAGGUGAUCUACCCUCAAACAAAUACAAGCCUGUACUUGGACCCAUUUGGAGCUUCCUCUGCUGCGCUGAAAAAAUGCUCCAACAUGUCAAGGUAGGAAAGAACAGUAAGAUUACUGAAAAUCCUGAAUUUGUUGAUUAAACAUACAAUCUCUCCGCUAAAAGGGCAUCCAUGCGCAGCAGAGGAGUAAACUGCUCCCGUUGGAGCUCAUCAACCAUUGACCACGAAGUCCAGCAGGACGGCACAUCUUGUGGAGCCAUAAUAUGCCAAGUAAGACAUUUGUGAAAAAUUGUGGAGGAUCACUUGUGGAAACAGGUGUAUUUGGACAUUUUUACAAUAUAUUAUGAAUAUCAUUCUAGUUGGCUGACAAGAUUUUAAGACAGGAGGUGCUCCCAAGGUUUGAUUGCCGGAGCACAAAUGCAGUCAGAAUGAAGAUUGCACUAACACUGAUCUCAGAAACAGGUUAGUUUCAUUAUUUAUUAUCUCACGGUGUGAUGUUGGUAAUCCCUGUGAAUAACUGUUCAUGUUAUCAACAGAUGAUCUCUCAGAGAUAUGCAGAGUUUGUGCCAACCCUGACACCCAUGAUACCUGGGUAAGUCAAUAAUCUAUUUUUAUUCUAGUAUUUGAAAUUACUCUGUUUAUUGUUGCACCAUCAUGCCAAAACAAAUUCCUAGACUGUGAAUCCUGUUCAUCGACAAUGGCAAUAGAACCCCUUAUGAUCUGACCACAUUUAUUGUAGGAACAAAACAGCUUUGAUUGUCUUCGCUCUCCUUUUCAGAUUGAAUGUACAAACUGCCAGCAUUGGCAUCACUCGGACUGUGUGGGGAAUCCCAAUCACGAUAAGGAGUAUUUCUGUCCUUCAUGCAGUUUCAAUAAAUAA